CAAUGAUUGAGGGAGCUUGUGUUUCCUCGUAUAAUGUAUGAUCUUGUCAUCUACAACCAGCUAAAGCUCAUCGGGUAAAAUUUUAACUGAAAUAUUUCAUCACAUUUUCACACUACGUCUUUGAAAUUCAACGGUAAAUGUCUGACACUGAGUCAUUAGGAGGAGAUCUCUUCCAAGAGCCAGAAGGUUACUACAAGCCACCACCGGAGCCUCAUUAUGCUUCAUACGUUCGUAAGGUAGAGAAACAGCCAAAGGAUAUCAACCUGCGUCUCAUUGGCUCAUCACCACUCUGGGGUCAUUUGCUUUGGAACGCUGGUAUUUACACCGCUGACUACCUUGAUGAGCACUCAGAUGAACUCAUCAAGGACAAAUGUGUCCUUGAACUCGGUGCUGCUGCUGCCUUGCCAUCGUUGAUAUGCUCGCUAAACGGUGCUAAGCAAGUUGUGUCCACUGACUAUCCAGACCCAGAGCUCAUCGAGAACAUCGAACACAACGUGAAGAGCACAUGUGGACAUUUAAACAACAUAGCAGUGAAAGGAUACAUUUGGGGAAACGAUUAUACUCCUCUUCUAGAAACGAUUGCUCCAAUUGGACAAGAGAAAUUUGAUCUCAUCAUCCUGAGUGACUUGGUGUUUAACCACACUGAACACAGAAAACUCUUACAAACUUGUAAGGACCUCUUAUCAUCAAAUGGUAAGUGCUUUGUUGUCUUUAGUCCACACAGACCAUGGCUACUGGAGAAUGACUUGCAAUUCUUCGAGACUGCGAAGGAGUUUGACUUCAAAGUUGAACAAAACGAUCUUGUCGUUUGGAAACCAAUGUUCCCAGACGAGGAUCCAUCAACAGCAGAAGUUAGAUCGAGAGUGUACUCUUACUUCCUAUCGAAAUGAACUACACGAGGUGGUAAUAUAGUCGAAUGAAGCUGUAUAGUAUUACAUGAACAGAUUGAAGAGCAGAAGA